CCGCCAAUGGCGUUCGCUCGAGAAUAACCUUAAACUAGUGACAUAUCGCCACCCCCGCGGUCCUCAAAAAAAAGCGACCAUUUUCGCCGAUUUCUGCUAUAAAAAUUGAGUUUUUGGUAAUUUUGAAGUGAAUAAUUGUUGAACGUUACCUGGGGCUUGUGCAAUCGGUGGAUUUUGGAGGUUCCUGGUGGCUCGAGGAUCGAUCCAACGACAUGAGGUCACCAGGACCUCGUGAUGAUCCUCCAGAAAUGAGUAAAUAAACCAGAUUUCAGGGAUUUGUUGCAUUGUUUUUUCAUCGGAAAAUCAGGAAAAUGAGGCUGGCUGCCACCUGGAGUGGGCUUGUACGUCUUCUACGCAGGAGAAUCGUACUUGCUCUCAUUUUCGCCCUGUCUCUGACAUACUGCGCUAUUUCUCUACUGGCACAUGAAAAGAUUGACUCACCGGUGGGUAACUAUGGAGACGAUGGGGACGACAGUAUGUUGAUUGAUAACGAUGAUAUAGGGGCGGAUCAGGAUUCUGAUGACGAUCUGGGGGGAAAACAUAUUCCCUGGCCAGCAAUGUCUGCAUCUGAUGAUGCUGGUCUAGAUCAGAAUCAUAAUGGGUCGAGUGUCAGUGAGGUUGCACGAACUUGCCGAAAUUCCAUACAGGGUAAAGCUCUAAUUGUCGACGAGAGGGGUCUCGUCUGCGCUCGGAAGGAGGUCCUACCUGGUGGCUGCUGCCGAGGGGAUCUCGAAAAGACUGAAACCACAGGUGUAAUAACGCUCGUCAAACGUGAGAGAUAUAGCUGUGAGACCUGCAAUCCCGAGGGCUGUUGUGCUGUCUACGAGUACUGCGUCUCGUGCUGUCUUCACCCUGGAAAGAGGAGACCAAAGAAGGAGCCCCACGCAUCCCCAGUGCGUCGUGAGGCCCAGAAGUCCCGUAGAACCGAGGACACCGUGAAAAUAAGAUUUCGUAGUCUCGACAGAUUUCAAAUAUGUCUGGCAAUAUGUCGCACAUCUAGUGCCAGUGUCAGACACGAGAACACGUACAAAGAUCCAAACUCAAAGCACUGUUACGUCAAUUCAAUGAAUCAUCGGUCACCACGUGAUGUUAAUAAUAAUAUUAAUAAUAAUGGCGACAAUGUCGCUGUUACAUCUUCUACUGUGCGGUUAUUUAUCCUUCAUUAUCCCAAUCCUGAAUCCUUGUCUAUUGAUCAUGAGAAAUGCAUUGAGUUGUAUGAUUAUUACUGGCUCCCUUAAUCGUUUUGUGCAUCG